AUGACAGAGCAGAUUCCGCGGAGAAGCGGUAAUCCGUUCGAAAGGCCGCGAGGAGAACUUGAGCCGCUAGAUGUCAUCAAAAAGGUAUUUUUUAUUGAAAUGUGUUGGAAAAAUAUUUCCGAGAUUAUUGAAUAUAGAAUGAAACAUUAUUUUUACUUUUGGGUUUUUUUCUUUUUUUGUGAGCAAAGUCAAAUAAAGGACUACCUAAUAGUUGAAAAUGUUUUGCAUAGUUUUCCAAGCUUGUGAAGCUUUUUUAAAACCGAGUAAAGCAAAAAAGUAUUAGGAAAAACCUUGCGAUCAGAAACUUUGAUAUAUCAAUGAUCAUAGUUCGCUUUUCAACAAAGAUAAACAAUGUUUGCAUGCUCAAAAAUCAAUCUCAAAAGAUUCGAACUUCGAAAAAACGAACUUUGAGGGAAAGAGUAAUGCAAAUUUAAUAAGACAGAAUAUCUUCAGAAAAUCGGCGAGAUGCUGACAAAGAUUGGUCAUACGGUUCCAGAAGACUUGGAAAAUCUGGCUUCUUUCGAAGAAUGCGUUAAGAAAUUGUGCUCGGAAUGGCGGCAGAGAACGACAAAUUCGGAAAUCGCGUUGAAGGUGUUCAGAAAAUAACUUUUUGAGAUAACUAAAAUCUUUAGGGUAUGCUGUCAAUUUUGGAAAUCUGCUUGGCUCAGCCACAAGUUCGAGACGACGUUUUUGACAUUCUGGUCACACAGCUUGGAUACAACUCUGUGAGUUUCAUGAUUAAUGAUACUUAGUAUGAACAAAUGAACCCAGGUGGCGUUUUGGAAGAGUGCAGUGCCGCACGUCUACAACUCGGAUUUGUCUUUUGGAACUCAAUAUCGAGACGCUUUGCUGUUCUCCUUGGCUUUGUAUGACGUCAACAACAGCAAAAACCGACUGAGGUUGAUUUGGAGGAUAAAGAAACUUUUUUAAUUUUUCAAUUUUCAGAGAGCUUUACGCAGCCGUCCCAGGAGUCCGACAGAGUAUGUUGGGAAUUCAUGCAAAGAGAUUUGGCGAAAAGUACAGACACAUACAAGUAAGAGUAUGAACAGUUGGAUAAAGCAAAGAAAAAAAAAUAAACCAGUUUUGUACCAGCUUUUCGAAAAAAAAAACCUUUUUGAAAGUAAGACAACACGUCGCCAAGAGAUUAUUUUGUUUUAAAGAUUUAGUGAAUAGAAAAUCGAACACAAUGAAAAAUUUCUAAGAAAUUUUGAUUUUAUUCUGGUUUUCCCUGAAAAAUAUUUGAACUUGAAAUAGUUGAUUAAAUUUACGAAUUCAGAUGAUACGUUCGCGUGCGAAUUCUCGAAUGUCAUCCGUUCAAGGUUCGAUGGAAGAUCUUUUGAGUUUGGACAACGACGCCGUUGUGGACGAGAAUCAUGAUGGCGCCAGCGAGGCUCAUACUUUUUCUCCUCCAGUUGAUACUUCUUAUCAGAAGGCAAGAGAAAAAAUUGUCUUUAUGAAUAGAAAAUACAUUAUAAAUACAAAAAAACUCAAAAAAAAAGUUGGAGAAAUAACCUUUUGUUGUAAUUUCAGCAAAGAGUGAUCAAUGUGUCGAACGCCCCGCCGGUGUCGAUCAGCAGAAAGACCAGCGGCUGCUGGGAAAUCAAACAAGGUGACUGAAAAAAAACGAACUUUGAAAAAGGAAAAAACCAACAGGCAGCGGCGGUCUUGUGGCGUGCGUUGAUCCAGUCAUGUCCGUGGACAAGGAAAACGUUUGGUUGAGCAACCUCGGCAUCAAUCUGAACGACGAUGAUGAGGUAGAAGCUCAUCGUGGAAAAGUUCAUUGAAAUCAAACUGAUUCUAUGGUUUUCCAAAAAAGUUUUUUCGUUUAUUUCUUGAUUGGACAAUUUUCAGAAUCUUUUUUUUUAUUUUGGUUUCAAAGUCUCUUCGGAAAUUGAAAAUGUUUUGUAGCAAAAAUUAGUAAUGCUAAUAGUUUGCAAAUGUUUUCUUCCAGGAUCUCCCGUCCUCAACCAACUCCCUCGGACUUCCACUCAUCAAGCAGGCUCGGGCUGGUGAAAUAUUCCACGUCCUGGAAGAAAACGACAAGAAAGUCGAGUUGACACCAAAGCAGCAAAUUGUUGAGUUAGUUUUGAAAAAAAAGUUCUCAGACUUCAAAAAGCGAUUCAGGAAAGAUAUGUCGCUUCUUUCCGUUCUGCAUGACUACAACAAAGCUAAUUAUCAGCUGAAUCCAGUCAUCGUCAACCAGGUAAUCUUACACUUAUUUCUUCUUGCUUAAACAUUUAUUUCAGGAAGAUUACUCGGCGUAUUACGAAGGAAUCAGCAACGGAUUGCUUUGGCCAGCUCUUCACAAUCUCCCCGAAUACAUCACUGGAAAUUAUUCCGAUCCAAAUGUGAGGAUUUCUCCAAUUCUAUUGAACGGUCAAUCGUUUGGAAAAAAAUCUCUGCAUUUUAGAUAGUUUUAUUAAAUCAAUUUCAAAAAUUUUUAGAUUUUGAGAGAACAUUGGUGUUCUUAUGUCCGCGUCAACUAUCAGUUUGCCAUCAACGCGGCCAGAAACAGCAGACUUCAGGAUUUGAUCUGGAUUCACGAUUAUCAUCUCAUGCUUUGUGGCCAGAUUAUGAGAAGCUUGGAUAAUAACUUGGAUGUGAGUUUUUUCCAGGAAAAUAAAAGGUUUUCCAGAUCCCUGCUUCUUGAGAAAAAAUGACUGGUCGUAGGAACACACAAAAAUUUUAACGGUAGUCUUCGUGAUUAAAGAUUUUUUUACCAAAAUAAACUUAGCCUUAUUGUGAAGAACCUGAUACCUCCAGAUGUGUUGGAUUUAAAAUUUAAAAAAAUUGGGAUUGAACCGAUCCAAAUCAUAUUUUUUUUUCUUGGAUUUUUCACAUUUUUGAGAUAAAACAAAAUAUUUUCCAGAUUGGGUUCUUCCUUCAUAUCCCGUUCCAACCACCUCCGGAUUUCAUGACAAAGUACAGAAUCGUGGGAGAGCCAAUCCUUCGUGCUCUCUUGAGAUUCACUAAAGUCGGAUUCCAAACAUCUCGCGAUCGGGAAAGUUACGUUAAAAUGGUCCGGCAGCAUAUUCCACGCGCUCGAGUUCAUUACGAGGAACUCAUUGACAAUUAUACCAUUUCUUUCGAAGUUGAUUUCCAGUCAAAGUACAGAUAUUAUUGAAGAUUUUAAGGGCUGGACAUGUUCCCUUGGUGUUUUCCCAGUGUCCAUCAAAAAUGAAGAUUUUUUGGGUAUCGCCGACAAUCCGCAAACCAGAAUUGAUGCUCAGGACAUCCGCGAAGACGUUUAAAAAAGCCGAAAAAGUUUUUCUGAAAGUUCAGUUACAGUUGCUUUCAAACAGCGGCGAAGGGGCCAAAUUCUUCUUUUCCGUCGAGCGUUUUGACUAUACAAAAGGAAUUCUGGAAAAGUUGAAGGCUUGGAGAAGGUUGAAGCUCUGAAAAAGUUGUAUACUUAUAAAUUCAUUCAGAUAUUUUUGAAAAAAACAUCCCGAGCGGAAAGGUUUGGAUGUCCUUUAUCAAGUGGCGGUAACAAACCGGCGAUCUGUCGAGUCUUACAAAAAAUAUCAAGUAGAUCUCCUGAAAAAUUUAUCUGUAAUUUGUUUUAAUUAAGGAUGAAUGCAUCGCCCUGGCCGAAGAUAUCGUGAAGACAAUAAAGAGCGAAGAAAAUCCGGACUGGAAGCCGAUCCGCUUCGAGACGGACGGUCUUCCUCGAGCUCGGCUGAUUGCUCAUUAUCUGGCUAUGGAUGUUGGUGUGGUGACUCCGUCCAAGGUUUGCCUGCUCCACUGGAGUUCACAGAAAAAUGAACAUAUUUGAGGAUGGCAUGAACCUCGUGGCAAAAGAAAUGCUCAUCUGCAACCCGAAGGCGUCUCUUGUGCUCUCUAGCGGCGCUGGAACUGAAGUUCAGCUGGGAAACGCUGGUUUCUAUUCAGAGGAUUCUCGUUGCUAUCAUCGCGUUGAAAGCAUUGCAGAUACUGAAGUUGCAAGAAGCCCAUUUACAACCUAUUAUUGGAAAAAUUACAGAGAUUCGCCGAUAUCUUUUUCGAAGCCGCGACUGAGAGCCAGGAGUCGCGGAUUGAGCACGGAUUGAAGCUCAAUGGCUUCUUGAAGGACCACGACAUUGAAGAGUGGAGUACGGCUUUCCUCGAUCCAGGAUGGACUCAUGAAGUCAUCCGCAUGAGCAACGUGCGUUUUUCAAAAAUGUUUACAUGAUAAAAUUUUUUGUUUAGAUAAAGCAACUGGCCGAUUUCAACGUGAUGAUGGCCAAAACCGCUCAAGUUCGCCGUCAGUUGGUCGAACUUGUCCUGAAGGGUGUUCCCAUCCGACCUCAUUUCCAAAAGUCGUUGGAAAAUGCAAAAGUAAGUAGUGGAUCAGCUACUUUUUAAAAAAACUGAAAGUUUUUUGGUUCGAAAAAAACCUAAGACUACAAGUAGUUCAAAAAAAAAAGGUUAUAAAUUAAGGUACAAUGUACAUUUAAAUUUCCGUAGAUAAACUCAUUUUUAUCCGUAGUACAAAACCUGGGGUAAAAUUUAGUAUAGUUGUUGAAACGAUCGAUUAACAAAAAUAAUUGAAAAAUUUUCUACAAAAGCCGGAAAACAGAAAAUUUUGUAAUGGUUUUGAACGGGACUUUUUCAGACAUCUUUGGAGAACUCUUGUGAACCAGGAACCAGCAAACUUGUCUUGGACACUAUCUACUUGGACGACGACAGCGGGCACAGCAUCGAGGCCAAGUUCGACAUCAGCGACGAGCUUUCCGAGCUCCAGAAAGACAUCGCCUUCUUCUCUUUCAUUCAGAGAGACGACAUAAACAACGUCGAGCAGUUCGUGGAGGUUUGCUUCAUUUUUAUUCCUUCAACAAUGAUUUAUUGAAUCAGACUCUGGGAUCAUUCCAUCCUUCGGGACCAACAAUCUUCGCUGCGGAGGUUGAACAGGCCGCUCAGCUGUUGAUCAGAGCUGAACAUUUCCAGUACUUUUUCACGGAUAGGUUUGAGAUUGAAACUGUAAUGAUUUGAAAAAAAGAGUUUCAGAGAUGGAACUUUGAAAAGUUACGCGUGUUCCUAUCCAACCAGCAUCCAGCCCGCCUAUUCCGCUAUCAUUCAGGUUAGUCAACUGGAAGUUUAUCUGCGUAAAAUUUGAGAUAGGUGACUCUACAGUUCAAGGAACAUGAAUCUGGAGUUUCUGUUUUGGGGUGUCGAAAGACAUAUUUUAAACGUACAUCAGUCGAUUCUUCUUCCCUUUUUUCUUGCUUUCAUUUCUUGAUCUCAUUUUGAAAAGAAAAGAACUCUGAAAAAAAUUCAGAUGAUGAAUAAAUUAUAAAAAAAUUAUUCAAAUCAAAAAAAUUGAAUGAAAAAAAUCCAUUUAUUUUUCUGAGUCUUCCAAGACGCUAAGAAAUUUUCUGAUCUAAUUGUCGAGUACUUUUCUUUAGCCCCCCUUAUCAUCAAAGCUCGAACCCAAACUGCAAUAGAAACAAUGCAGAAAGAAAUUCAGGCUCAAUUCGCCAAGCGUUGUGCUCAAUUCUGUGCCAUAGUCACCACGGCUCCUCUCAUGCACAUUGGUAUUCUGAACGUGAGCACGAUUCCGGAAGGUUUCCUCAAAAACAAACUUCACACUCAACAUUCGAUAAUUCCAGGAUACUACGCGUAUGGAGCAUCUGCUGGACGUGAAUGGUAUUUCAAUCCGGCCAUGCAGUUCAAAGACGAUUCCGUCUCGGAGAAUGAUCUUCAGAUCCUGAACGUUGUUUUUGAUAAGGUUCUUCAAAUUCUCUGGAUGAAUAAUCGAAAAACCCAACGUUGAGGUGGAAGAUCUUCUGGAGAACCCCGAGUUCCGAAACUUCACCUGGAUUGGCAGCGGCCUCCAGAAACACUACGGCCACUUGACCAUCGCGAAGCAGGAUGUCAAUGGCUCUGUGCCAAAGAAAAAGGGCAUCUUACUUUUCGAAAAGGUUCGAAUUUCUUCAACAUCGGACGAAAAGUUUCAUAAUCCUAGAUUACGAGAAUUGUCAACGAGGUUGAUCCGACAGGUGCCGUGCUCAGUAUUCGGGAAAGUGAUUAUGAUAUCAAGAUUUACACGAAGGUAUUCAAAAUGAAAGUUUUAACUUUGAAGAAAUAAGUUUUAGGCAAAGUUGAGCGGCCGCAUUUUUAACAAAGGGCAUGGCGUUCGUCUUGCUGAACGGAAAAUGAAUGUUAAUCUACAUGAUGGUACUUUUUUGUUAAUUUUAAUUUUAAUCCAAAAAAAUUUUAGGUAACGUUCUGGUCUGCGGAGAUUCUGAAUCGGAUCUUCCAAUGUUGGAAGAAUGCCUUUCCGUGGCUCCGAGCAACGUUCACACCAUCUGGGUGACAAAAGAUGAAGCUCUCCGCGAGAAGGUUUAUUUUCGGAACGAGAUCGAAAGGAGAAAAAGCGCAAACGUUGCAUUCAAGAAUAUGCAGAUGCAAAAAAUAGAAGUUUGAAAGUGCAAAAAUUGUGUGAAUCCGAGAUUAUUUCGGCAUCUUAAAAUUUCUUCGACUUUGUUAUUCAGAAGACUUUUUCAUGUUUCUAGUAGUUUUCAGUAAACUGCUUAUCUUGCUAUGAAUCCAAUUUUUUUGUUUACUUUUUUUUAAUUUGUGUUUUUUUAGAAAGAAAAAGAGAAAAAUAUCAAAAUGAUUGGUUUCAGGUGACGCAAAUCUGCGCUCGGUUCAGCAACAGCAAUGUCCGCUUUUGUCUCGUGUCCCCAAGUGCUUCUGGGAGCCAUGGCCGCGGCGACUGUCAGGGAACUUCGUCGUGGAUCCGUCGAUGA